CUUUUAAUAUUUGAGCGGGAGAUACUAGAGGCGUCAGCUGGCUUAAGAUCACUUGUAAUAUUCGACAUUUUCUAUCUGACUAAACUCGCAUUGAUUUUUAUCGAAAAAAUGGGUGAAAAUGUGCAAGGAACGUUCGUGUCCGAGAAAGUUUCCAAAAUAAGGUGGCAAUUCGGAAAUUUUACAGAAGCAAAGAAUUUUUUAACCGGCAGUUGGGAUAACUCGAUAAAUAAAAUAACAUAUUGGACAUUCAGAACAAACUAUGACGAAGAAACAUAUCCUGUAGUCCUGUCAUCAUAUUCAUUCCUUGGGGAUGUAACUGAACUAAAGAAUUUUCAGUUUAUUAGCAAAGAUUUCUUUGUUGCUGCUUCAUCUUUAGGAUCAAUAAGAUUAUUGCAAAUUGAUGAAGAUUCCUGUACUGAAUUUAAAGAACAUAUGUCAUGGGAGUUUAUACAUAGUUUUAAAACAAUGGAUUAUGCCUCAUGUACCGCAUUGUCCACGUUUGAACAAGACAUAGCUUCAGUAGGAGAAGAUGGAAAGCUUAAUCUUCUUACAGCUGCAGAAAAGAAACCAGUUAGAGUUAUUGAAAAUGCUGAUAGUUGCUCCAUAUAUUGUGUUGAUUUCUUGAAACAUAAUGAAGUACUUACGGGAAAUUCAAGAGGGCAUAUGAAAGUUUGGGAUCUGAGAAAUAAUUGUGAUGUACCCGCAUCCACUUUUAUGCUUUCAGAUCAAGUUAAAACAGCAGCUACGAGUAUUACGCAUCAUCCUACGCAAAAGCAUAUUGUGGUCGCUGGUGGAGACGAUGGUAGUUUAACCGUAUGGGAUUUAAGACAGAAUACUUAUCCAAUGUCACAACUUAACGCGCAUACUAAAGCUGUCAGCGAGAUAUUGUUCCACCAAGACAGACCUGAUAAUCUUUUUACUUGUUCCGUCAGCGGAGAGUUGUGGCAUUGGAACAAUGCGCAAAGUUCGAAGCUGAAACUUGAUUCUGCGGACAUGCAUUGGUUGAAUACAAUUAGCGCAAAUGGAAAAGUUAAUGUGAAUUCACUGUGCGCUGCUAUGCACAAGCCGAUAAACAGUAUUGAUAUCAACAGAUCAACAUUGCUUUUUGGAUGUGACAAUGAGGCUAUGUAUAUUGUAAGAAAUGUACUUAUUUAACAGUAAUGUAUGUGUGUAUAUAUAUAGUAUUUUUUAUUUUUCUUACACUUAGAAGAAAUAAAAUUAAAACCGUCAUCUUUUUAAUACUUAUUGGCAUCAUUUAUUAUGUUUUCAAAAGUACUUAUAUCGCGCUCUCGUUUUUUAGAAAAGUUUUUUUGCUGAUUUGAUUAGUUAAUUUUCUGUUAAAUUGAAAAAUAUUUUUCCUCUUUUGAGAAAUAAAAAUUUUUGAGUUGUGUUAUUUUCGAAGCAAGAGUGCGAUAUGAUUAUCAUCUAUAAGUAACAUUGAGUAAAUUAAUACUAAAAAAAACAAUUAAACUUGAAAUUAACUAACUUAUAAAAUUAAUUUAAUUAUUUUAAAACUUAUAUGAAUAAAAAAUUAAAAAUAUCAAUAUUACAUUAAACAUGAUCUUAAAAUGUAUUAUUUAUAUUAAAAUAUAAUUUUAUUCUAAAUAACGAAACGAUUAUAUAAAUUAUCAAAUUUAAUAUUUUAUUUUUAAAGCAAGUUCAUACGAAGUAAUAGUUUUUUAUGGGGGAACGUAUUCUUUUACUAUUUUUCUUUAUAUGUACAUAAGUAAAUUUUUAACUUGGAAUAAGAAUUAAUAGGUUAAAGUUUGAUAAAUCGCCACUAAUUUGUAAUACUAAUUACUUCA